AUGGCUUCAGUUGUGCUCAUCCUCCUCCUCCUCCUCUUACUAUUUCUGGGCGCCCUAUGCCACACCGCCGCUACUACGAACCCUCGUCCUCCGCCGUGGCGCCACCACGUCUUCCUCAACCACCGGGGGCCCGAUGGCCGCCACACAUUCGCCGACCACCUCGACUACGCCCUCCGACGCAAAAGAAUCAAGGUUUUCCGGGACGACCACGACCUCCCCCGGGGAGAAAACGUGACCGAGGCCAUCUCACGCGCCAUCGAGGAGUCCAUGCAUGCUGUCCAUCGUCGUGCUGAGCGGAGGGUACGCCUCGUCGGAGUACUGCCUCGACGAGCUGGUCAAGAUCAUGAACUGCAGGAAGGAGAACGGACACCGGGUUUUCCCCGUUUACUACAAAGUGUCCCCGGACGACGACGUCGCCGAUCCGGCGUCGUCUGGGGUUUACAAGGCCGACUUGGACCGUCACAAGAGAAGGCAUUCCUACGAUAG